AUGACUUUAAAUAUGAUUCAAGUGACGUAUACGUCCCCGCAAAAUAUUCUUUUCUGUUACUAUAAAGUGCUGACAGCCGGUCCACAGUGUUUCGCCUGCUCAUCAAUUCCUCGACUGGAAUUCUGUGAUUACUUCACCCAAUGCGAGGAAGGGGAGAAAUGUUACGUUCAGAAGAUACGGACACACAAUGGCCAUGACAAGUACACUUCCGGGUGUGUAAAUAACCAGAGCUGUUCUUUAGAUACCAAUUUCCACGGUUCGUUUGGAGAACUAUCACCUUACGGACAGGUGACGUGUGUCGAGUGUUGUGAUGGAGACAUGUGUAACAACCAAGGGUGUGGGGAUACAGGACCUCCAACUAGAGAAUCCCGUGGACCUUACUGUUACCAGUGCCAGCACAUGCCAGACCCGAGUUACUGUGAAAGGCUCACUAUUUGUGACAGCAAUGAAGUUUGCAGUAUUGACGAAACCGUGUCUUUUGGACAUCAGUUCUCAAGCGGGUGCAGGCGAAAAGGGGAGUGUUUGCAUGAAGGACUCCUAGUGGGCCGGGAUACCCAUAAUUUGACAAGGUCGUUCAAUCUCUGCCACAAGUGUUGCUCCGAAGACUUCUGCAAUCAAGAUUGUCAGGAUCACAAACCCCAACAAGAGAUGGUAUCUUGGAACGUGUGGAGUCCAUGGAGUGAGUGCUCGACUUCCAUUGGAGUUCAAAUCCGGAACCGUUCAUGUACAAAUUCUAAAGGCGUGGUGCAAUCACAAGGUUGUGAAGGGGUACCAAAAGAAGAACGAAAUUGUUCCAGACUAUGUUCAGGUUGUGUUGAAUUGUACAACAGCGGAACACGUGAUUCAGGUGUGUACACCAUAGCUCCCCCCGGACACCAGCCUCUGAAAGUCGUCUGCAACAUGACGGACGGAGGAGGAUGGACUGUACUUCAACACAGGUACGACGGCUCUGUCACCUUUAAUCGUACAUGGACAGACUACGUCACGGGUUUUGGUGAUCUACAUGGCGACUUCUGGUUUGGUUUAGAAAACAUUCACAUGCUUACAUCACAGGGAGUCCAAGUCAUAAUAGAUAUGAUAACAAUUACCGGGAAGUCGAUACGGUACAGCUACGAUCACUUUGAGGUAAAGGACGCCAGCACAUCGUAUCAACUGUCAGUUUCUAAUGAUACUUCUGUAUAUGGUAGACGUGAACAAAGAUUAGAAUAUAACAACGGUCAUAUCUUCUCUACCCCUGAUAGACCGGAUGAACACAAAUGUUCUUCUCACGGUUCGGGCUGGUGGUUUAAAUAUUGUACAUAUUUCAAUAUCAACGGUAUCAUAGGCCUGGUUGAGAGUGACUAUGGACUGGCAAUAAGAGACGGUGUUAUGGAUGUUUUACUGAAUGAAACAAUCAUGAAAGUAAGGUAA